ACCGUGGGAAACGUCAUGAGCGUCUUACUACCCAACAUGGCGGACUUUGAUACCAUUUAUGAGUUAGAAGACGAAGAGGAUGAGCACGUAGUGAGCGAGGAACACUUGCCCAGAUACUGUCCGGAGCCCGUGGUUAUGCGAGGGGCUGGGCACAUUACAGUGUUUGGACUGAGCAACAGAUUUGACACAGAAUUUCCCUCUGUUCUCACGGGAAAGGUAGCGCCAGAGGAAUUCAAAACCAGCAUCAGCAGGGUGAAUGCUUGUUUGAAGAAGAACUUGCCUGUGAAUGUGAAGUGGCUUCUUUGCGGCUGCCUGUGUUGUUGCUGUACAGUUGGCUGCAGUCUAUGGCCUGUUAUCUGCCUCAACAAGAGAACAAGACGGUCUAUUCAGAAGUUGUUAGAGUGGGAAAAUAACCGAUUAUACCACAAGCUGGGACUGCACUGGAAACUCAGUAAAAGAAAAUGUGAAAGCAGUAAUAUGAUGGAAUAUGUGAUUCUUAUAGAAUUCUUACCCAAAUAUCCUAUACUCCGACCGGACUGAGGAGGCCGUUAACAGACUGGACGUGUGGCCCUUGAAUCUUAUCCUUAGUGCCUUGUAUAUACAGUAUGUUGAAAUAAGGGUCUGCAGCGGCGUCUAUCGUGGCGACCUGUACAUUUCCCAGUACCUUGUACAUUAGAAUUUGCAACACUGUCACUUUGCUUUAGAGCAGAUUUUGCACAUUUUCCCGACAGAACUAGACAUGUCCCCUUUGUUGCACUCUGAUGUGUUUUUGUUAUGUGACAAACAAGUGAAACUCUCGAAAAGUGCAUUUACCCCAAAGAACCAUCAACCUGUAUCCCAUCUAUUAUAUCAGUAAUCCCUUGCAAAGAAUGUGAUGCCUCCACCUUCCUUAACUAUCCUUGCCUUAUGUAUGACUUUUUAAAUAACUCUACAUGUAACAGGAGGAGGAAGGCAUUGGGUAAUUCAACAAGUCUGUAGAUUCAAACGCUGUUUGUUGGGUUUCCUCUCUUUGAAUCCAGUUCUUUGCAAGUUGAUGGGAUGGUUGAAAUUGCCUAACGUACAGUGUACGUCAUCACCCUGUGUUUUUUCUUUACAUGUAACCCUCUGUACAUGGGAACUAGCUAGUAAGAGAACUUGACCUGUAAAUAUCAUGUUAGGAUAAGCUGUACAGUGGUAUACCAUUGUUUACAUAAAGUUACUUAGGUCUUUAGUUUUUUUGCCAAUAUAUUGCUGUACCAUAGUUUUGAUUAUUGAAAGAUGUCUACGUACCUUUCUAGUUUAUAUGGACCUGUUUACCUUGUAAGCCAUAUAGUUACAAUGUACAUGAUGCCAGAGUUAGGACUGAUUAUUGCACUUGAGCGCAAAAGAAAGUCAGGAUUUUAGAUUAUAAUGCAUCCUGAAUAUUCAUCCAAUAACAACAGCUGCUGUGCUUGUUGCCGUGUGGUUUUUGCCAAUGAAGAUGACAUUCAAUGACGCCUCGUCUGAUAAAGCUGGAGAUGGUCGCAUCUCCAGCUUUGAUGUUGGACAUGCAGUUGGAAGAUAAUGAUUUGAAUUCUGCACUUCCAUUCAUUUUUUUUCCCAAUUUGUCCCAACAAUGCAUUGAUUUUUAUAGUUUUGUACUCUUCCCUGUGCUGUGUUUGGUCCUCCUGAUGUGUUAUGGAGCACAUGCAUUAACAGUACAUGGUGUGUUGAGCAGAUGGUUCCUUUGUUUCAGUCUUUCUGUCCAGUGUUAAAAUUAUUUUCCUGAAUCUUGGUCAAGAGAUUGCUGUAUUGCGUUGUAUUAGAGUGCCUCUGGAUUAGUUGGUGAAACACAGAGAAGUAUAGGUUAAAAUCUGUUCUCUUGUACAAAGGAGAUUUGAAAUCCUCCUCCCAGUAUUGUCCCCCUUACAAUUCUUGUAAAUGUUUGUCAUGAUGACCUGAUCCCUAUGGAGAGAGAAAAUAAAUUGUCGAUUUGG